UAUCAGAAAAAUAGGCUCGUUCGGAAACGUAGUGUCCUUGAAGGUUCCGCUCAUGACUGUAGUUUUCCGGGGUUUGAAACGUUUAGCAUAGUCUGAUAAUUCUUGAUAAUUGUCAGAGAAUGCCACGUCCCCAUGGUAAAGUAGACUUUAUUUAAUUAAUUUCGAUUUGUUUAAAUAAUAAAAAUGUCGUUUCUUGUACAUUUGAAGGAGUUUCGGUUUUGAGUGUUGCGCAGCACAGAAAAGUUAACCUACCUGAAAAGACAACUUGACUUUCAGCAUCUUCAUCCGAUCUUCAGAGCAACAGUCCUCACCAUGUCCAACCAGCUCAAGGAAAAUACCCAUGAAGGGGCCUAUAUGUCCCUGAUGAGAGGCUUUAGGGAGCUGGACCUCCGUGGCCCCUGUGUUCCCAGUGACCUGGUGCUGAUUGGAGACCACGCUUUUCCUUUAGCAAUGAACAGCAAAGGCCAGUCCCUGAUGGCAGCCUCUCAGUACGGCCGUGGGAGGAUUGUGGUCCUGGGUCAUGAGGGCUACCUGACCGCCUUUCCUGCUCUGGUAGAAAAUGCUCUGACUUGGCUGAGAGGAGAUGGAUCUAACAACCUGUCUGUGGGGGUCCACAACCACAUCAAGGGAGUCGCUGAUAACCUCAGCAAAUCCAGCUUCCAAGCCACAGUUGUUGGGGCCUUUAGUGACAACCGGAAGGUUGGUGUGUACGUGACGGACGCCUACAGCGUUGGUGCAGACGUGAAGGACCUGGUGGCUUUUCUGAAAACUGGAGGAGGAGUGCUGAUAGGAGGGCAGGCGUGGAGCUGGGAUCAACAACACCCUAAGGAGAACACAACUCUACAUUUUCCAGGGAAUAAAGUGUCCGCUGUGGCUGGGAUCUACUUCACUACGCAUUAUGGGAAGGCAGAGAUCCUGCCUGUCCACCCACAGAUCCCAUCCUCCUGGAUGGCUUUACGUGUCGGUAAGGAUUUUGCCGAUGACCUAGAGUUCUUACUCCGGGGGGUUUCAGAGUUUGACCUCCACGAUAAUAUUUUAGCUUCUGAGGCUCUGGUCCACGGCCCGCUAGCAUUCCCCAUUGGUACCUCUGAGGAUGGGCGGGCAUUCCUGGCAGGAACCUACUAUGGGAAGGGACGAGUCAUCGUGAUCACACAUGAAUCUCCUCUGAAAACAAAGAAACUGGCUUCAUUUUGGAACAAUACCAUCGGUUGGCUGGACCAAGGCCGGAAGGGGGUGGUUGGUGUUAAGCCAAAGCUCAAACUUCUCAGCGAGUCAGGGUUAAAGUAUGAGGAGACUGAGUUAAGGAAAGACCUGAGUGUAUUCGUUUGUACAGCGUACAGCGACGAUCGUGUGAAGGAAAUCCAAGACUUUGUGGCAGAGGGAGGAGGUCUGCUGAUUGGUGGACAUGCCUGGUACUGGGCACAGACUCACCCUGGGCAAAACCCGAUGACAGAUUUCUCAGGAAACAAGAUCCUGAACAAAAUGGGCUUGAGCCUGUUGCCGGCAACCAUCAGUGAAAGCUCCUACAAGGUCCCUGUGCCUACAGAGGCCAAGAAAGACACUGACCACUUCCUCUCUCUUCUACGUCUCUUUGCUGGUCAUGUUACCCAGGGGGAAAAACUUGGCAAGCACGAGGAGGAACAUCUUAAGAAACUGGGCGUGGAUUGCACCAACUACUUGAGAAUGAAGGCUUAUGAUAGCAGCUCCUACACACAGGUGUUGUCCAUCCUUACUGAUAUAUUGAAGUCUAAAGGCAUGCCACAGGUGAGUGAGAAGAACCCUGUCAAGACACCCAAAGACCAUCUACUUCUCAGAUUAGGGGCAGCGGUAUAUAAUGUGUCCCAAGAUCCUGAUGCCCUUCUGCCCUUCCUCAUCAAGCCUUUGAUACCAACAGUGGGAAACCAAAGGAUCAUGAUUAAUGCUAACACAGCAGGAGAGGCGACGUGGAUCAGUACAGGCCUGUACCUCUUUCCUGGUGUGAAGACCGAGAUGAUCAUACCAGCAAACAUGGUCAACAAGAGCUGGACGAUCCAGAUCGGUUGUCAAACAGAUUACCUGGAUGCCGAAGAGUUGACGAGAGCACCUCAUGUUCAUGAGCAAUUUCUUGUUACCUCAGAGAAGAUGCAGGUGUGGAACCUGUGGGGGGGACUCAUCUACCUGGUGGCUCCACCCAACACAAAGGUGGAGGGGGAAGAGGUCAUAGUGCAGAUGGCUGUACCUGCUCCUUAUUACAAGUCAGGCCUGACGACAGCAGCUGAUUGGUUGUUGCUGCGCAAAUCUCCUUCACCGUGGGCAGAGCUGGAGUUUGACAACAUCAUCCUGUCUGUGCCGUCAGACGUUGUUCGAGACCUGGAGAGCCUUGAUGAGGUGGAAGCACUUUGGAAUGACAUCAUGAGGGGCGUCGCAGAUCUGGCUGUCAUACCGCGCAGAUUUACCCGCAAAGAACGCAUUGUAGCAGAUGUGCAGAUCUCGGCUGGUUGGAUGCACUCAGGGUAUCCUGUCAUGAUGAACUCAUCUAUAGCAGCUGAGCUGGUCAGACCAGGUGACGCCAGGACCAAAGGCCUGUGGGGAGAAAUUCAUGAACUGGGACACAACCAACAGAGAAGCUGCUGGGAGUUCCAACCACACACCACAGAGUGCACAUGCAACCUGUGGUCAGUGUAUGUGCAUGAGGAGGUGCUGGGGAUCAACAGGGCAAAGGCUCAUCCAUCUCUGACCUUAAAAAAUCGGAAGAAUUCUGUUGACGUGUAUGUUAAAGGGGGCAAGAAGCUCAGCGACUGGAAAGUGUGGGUGGCCCUGGAGACAUACUUGCAGCUCCAGGCACAGUUUGGCUGGGAUGCCUUUAAGAAGGUGUUUGCUGCCUACCACGAGAUGACCAACAUUCCCAGUGACAACGACGGAAAGAUGAACCUGUAUGCUGUGACUUUCUCCCAGACUGUGGGGAGGAACCUGUCUGCAUUCUUUAAGGCCUGGGGCUGGCCCAUAGAAACAGCUACUGAGGAGAAGCUCUGCAAGCUUUAUCCCUGGAAGGACCACCCCAUGGCCGAAUAUGACUAAACUUCAGACUGCAGCUGAUUAAAAUUGCAGAGAGGUGGGUGGUGGUUUGUCAUUGGAAAUACAUUUCUAUAACUGGGCUUAUUUUUUAUUAUUGUCUGAGUUUUUGCGCAAAAAAAUAGUAAUACUCCUUAUAACCAACUAAAAAGAUUGACAUUACAGGUCUAGGUCUGUUCAUGUAGGCUCUACAAAUGGUGAUUCCCUUAGAACGUGCAGCUAAAAUCAGUAUAAUACUGCUGGUUGGGCUGUAAAAUCAGCUGAAACACUCACAGCAGAGUUGUUCCCUGUGGGUUCAUCACUAUGAUCGACUCCCUUCACAUUCCACACAUUGUAAAUAUAUUAAUGUUGCUUAAAGCAACUAUAAAUGUUUUUCAGAAACCAUAAUAACAUCAGGAGAAGCAUAAGUAAAAAGGCAUAUUCUAAUUGAAAAGUACAACUUCUUUCAGAGUCAUAUUACUUUUAAUAGUUUUACAGAUACUUGGAUGUUUCUUUUGUGAUUCAGUAAGUUCUUUCAUUGAUCAUUUGCUCUCAAGGUGUUUAAAGUUACUCUAUUUAUACUUAAACAUCAAUUCCUGUAAUUGCUUCUUGGGUUCUUGGGUGUUUUUUCAUAUAUUAAACCUGAAGGGUUGGUUCAUCUUUUUGACAAGACAAGAACAUAAUUUCUGUCAUUCAUUUAAUCAAACAAUAUAUUCAUGUAAAUGGCAGUUAGUGAUUCAGGCUGUGUUCCUAAGACAGACACUUGCUAUGUUUCUCCUUUGCUGUCAAUAAAAAAGACAAAUAAACA